AUGGCUGAGGAAGAUGAUAAUCCCCUUAUCAAGGCUCUUCCACCUGCCACCGACUAUCUCACCUACCUCACCCUCCUCGAAUAUCAACUGACGCCUGCCCGUCUCCCUACCCUCCACAGGCUUCUCCAGGAUGAGAACCUAACGACCAAUAUUGGCUGGGAUUUGGUGCAGUUGCUCCUGCCCUUGCUUCCGCAGUCUCAAGAAUGUCUGCAGGAUGUCGCUAGAUUGGGGAACCCGAGAGAGGUCAUUUUGCGAGUGUCGGACGCUCUCAUGCAAUUGCAACCGAUCAAUGAGGACGAGGACGAGGACGAGGCGCACGACGUUGGGGAUUUGAAUGCUCGGAUCCCCCUAAGCUCCACGGGAGGGAUAGAGACCAAGAUGGGAAAUGCCACGGUGGACGGCGAGUGCCUGUUCAAGGACGAGACUAGUCACCUUCCCCGACAUAUCUUGCAGUUUAACUCGUUGGUUGCGAUGCUCUCCGUCCUCCAUUCGCGUAUCCAGACAAGAUCGCCCAGUCGUUUUCUUGCUACUUCACUACAGGCUGCCUUAGAGGCUUAUACGUCGAUGCCGACUAAUGAGACCACCAUUGCGCUGCUGGAAUUCUUUCGAGACGUGUCGCCUUCCAAGAGACCUGCUCCACCACCGCGGGUAGCAAGCGAACCGAGAGUGUUACGGGUUGCGGAGGCUUCGGCCCCCGACCCGGAGGCGGAGACACAGUCCCCCAACCCAGGUCAGCACAAUGAGAAGAUGCUCGUUCGACGGUUUCUUCAAUUUGGGCUGAUCGAGCUUCUUAAAUCGUACCUGUUGAGUUUCUCGGACCCCACUGACCCCGGGAUGUCUUGGACCAUUCGAUUGCAAGAGAAGUUCCAUCCGGAGACAUGCUUGCCUGGCCGGUCAUCGAAAACCGCAGUAUACACCAAUGAUACGCAUCUGAAAGAAAGAGAUAUGAUCAUGGCGAAGAUAAUUGCAUUAUCCCGAGACUUUUGUCUUGAUGACAAUCAGCUUCACGGCAUUGUUUCCCAGACAGCUGAGAGUCUGCCGCCCCCGCUUGACUUCGACGAACCGCCGCGACAGGUGCAUGAGAUCCCGCUAGAACGGCAUGGAGCGCUGCUUCUACUGGCGGCGCGAGCGGCAAUGUCAGAGUUGUUUUCGUCCGGACAGUCGACCCCGAUGCCCAUCUUCCCUGACCUGGCGCGAGUAUUCUCCAACUUUGUGGGUGGAUACAACAUGCCGGAAGACGUCGCUUUUGGGCAGCCGGAGGUUCUCUUAGACUCCCUCCUGACAUUGACCGUGGUCUCCAUGCAGCGACCGAUCGGACUACCUGCCACCAGCAAGGAGUUUAGGGAGUUCGUCCUCUCAUUGGCGGCAUGCACAACACGGCAGAACUACAACACUGUUCGGCGGAUCCCGGGAGCCAUUGUCCACAGCCACUCGUCUCAUCUCGACCGGUUCAAGCUUAUCCGGUACAUCCUGGAGGAGCAGCAGUUCCAGGCCGUAAAAGGCGAUGCGAUUGGAUGGUUGAAGCAAGAAAUCCUCGCUGCAGCCGCACAUCCCAACGAAUCCAACCUUUUCCUUAGCCCACACUACUUUUCCGUCCUGUUCCCGCUGCUCUUUAAUUCCCCAACCCUCCUGAUGGACGUCUCCGAUAUCGUGGCGUCGUGGAUCAAAUUCUCGCAGAUGCUGGCGCCUUCCAUCCAUGCGGCUGUGAAUCUGUACUAUAUACUAGUGUCCUCACCGCAUUUGCGUGUCCAGCUCCAGCUGGAAAAGAUGUACAUCCCCUUCCGCGACCAGUUCGUCAAGCCACUACGGUCCAUCCUGCGCGCCUUUGAAGGGGACCUGACAAGGAUGGGUGGUGAUGGGCACAUCGAAGCCGGCGUCGGCCAGGAUAUCUGUGAGAUGGGGAUGGCACGGUCUGUAGGCAUGGUCUCGCAUGCGCUGGAGCAGGUUGAGAAUGUGGUCAGCGAGGUAUUCGUCGGGGCUGAUACGGAGUUCCCGCAGCCAAGUGCUGAUGAUAUUGCUCGUGUGGAUCGCAUCCGCAAGGAUACGGAAACCUAG